AUGUGGCCUGCUUCAAAGUUUGGCGACGAAAUAGUGUUACGAUCUAUAGAUUGGCUGGAGAACUUUCCCUGGAGGAACGAAUGUACCGUGAGAACUGAAAACAAUAAAUAUGAAAUACAUAUGAAUGUAAAGGACUUUGGCCCAGAGGACAUAUCAAUUAAAACAUGCAAUGGGUUUAUUAUUGUCGAAGGUAAGCAAGAGGAAAAAAAAGACGAGUAUGGUUAUAUUUCAAGACAUUUUGUUCGGAGAUACCUUUACACGACUUAUAUUGAUCAAAAUAAUUUGACCUCGCGCGGCGCUCAGAUCCCGUGUGGCUGUGACUUGGUGACGACGAAAAUGACGGCGAUAGAAACAGAAUCUCUCUCCGAGUACUUGAUCGUGGAGUAUCGGUGGCUACUGGUGGUGACGGUCUUGAUGCCCCUGUCCUUCCUCUGGAAGGUCUGGUCCAUAGUCAGGAACUACGUGGUCUUCAAGCUGAAGACGGCGCCUAAAGCUCACGAACGAAAAGUGAGGGAUGUGCAGAGACAAAUAAAAACAUGGCACUCAGGUGAUCGUAGUACACGUCUGUGCACAGCUCGACCCACAUGGCAGACAAUGUCCUUCAGACAGGGGCUCUAUAAGAAGACAUUUACAAACAUACAUAUAGACAUGGUGGAUAUUCUGGAAGUGGAUACUAAAAAUAUGACAGUUCGCUGCGAACCCCUUGUCACGAUGGGUCAGGUCUCAAAAACCUUGGCACCUCUCGGUCUGUCAUUGGCUGUUGUUCCCGAGCUGGACCAGCUUACUGUCGGUGGCCUAGUAAUGGGAACAGGAGUGGAGACAUCAUCACAUAUCCAUGGAUUAUUCCAGCACAUUUGUAUGGAGUAUGAGUUGGUUUUAGCAGAUGGAUCAGUAGUUACAUGUAGUAAGGAUCAAAACACUGAUUUGUAUUAUGCUGUUCCAUGGUCCUACGGAACCCUUGGGUUCUUAACAUCAGCAACAAUUAAAAUAAUUCCGGCUAAAAAGUACGUCAGACUAGAAUACCACCCAUGUACAAGCCUAUCUGAGGUUUCCACGAGGUUUAAGCAGGAAGCCAUGAAAGAUACACCCCACCAGUUUGUAGAAGCACUCCUUUAUGAUAAAGAUUGUGGCGUGGUGAUGACUGGGGAUAUGGUAGACGAAGUCGCUGAUGAUGGCAUAUUCAACCCAAUCGGUAGAUGGUACUCCGAAUGGUUCUUCACUCAAGUGGAAAAGCAUUUAAAAUUAAGACGACGUCAGAAAAACAUUCACAUCGACUACAUUCCUCUCAGAGAUUACUACCACAGGCAUACCCGGAGCUUCUUUUGGGAAUUGCGAGACAUUAUUCCGUUUGGAAAUAACCCAGUCUUCCGACUACUAUUCGGGUGGUUAAUGCCUCCAGAAGUCUCCUUAUUGAAACUGACGCAGCCAGAUUCUGUCACGAAGUUGUACAAUAAGGCGCACGUCAUACAGGAUAUGUUGGUGCCUAUAGAGGUUACGGAAAAUGCGAUACAGCUAUUUGACAAAGAAUUUGAGGUAUAUCCCAUAUGGCUGUGCCCGUUCAAGUUGUUGAACAAACCUGGACAGCUGAAAGUCCCAUCUGGAGAUUGGCAAAUGUACGUCGACAUAGGUGUUUACGGAGUACCCAAAGCUGAAAGUUUUGAAACUGUAUCUUCAACCAGAAGUAUUGAAAGCUUUGUGACCCAAGAGCGGGGCUUUCAAAUGCUCUACGCGGAUACAUACACCACUGAAGAAGAAUUUCGACAGAUGUUCGACCAUACGCUGUACGAUAAACUGAGAAAUACACUUCCAUACUGCAAAGACGCGUUCCCUGAUAUUUAUGGAAAAGUGAACAGAAGUAUACGCAAAUAA